UGUGUGCUGAGACAUCAGAGCGUGCGGACGUGUCUCAACGUUGCCCGCUUUGUUACUAAUUCAUACAAAUACUCUGUGCAAAAAUAAAGUGAUAAACCAAAGGUUUUAUUUUGUAAAUUCAUCAAAAGAAAAACCGCGAAAAGCAAACUAUAUUUACUUCAUCAGCAAAACAGCUGGUACCAAACACUAACACACUAUGCCGCCAAACGCAACCGCUGGAGGCCAGUCGAUUACAGACUCGCUGCUCUCUGCCGCGGCAACAGCUGCCGCUGAAUCAGAGCAGAAUCCCACGAAACUGCAGCAGGACUCGACUGGCGUGCUCUUCGAGUGCGAUGCCGAGACCAUCGAUGGCGGCCUCGUCAAGGACAUUGUGUCCAUGAAGAAGGCCGACAGGCGCAAACUGAAGCUCGUCUGGCGCAACAUAAUUGCAUUCGGAUAUCUACACUUGGCUGCCGUCUACGGCGCAUGGCUAAUCUUUACCUCGGCCAAAUGGCAGACAAUCGUUCUGGCUUUCGCUCUUUAUGUUGUCUCUGGCUUGGGCAUUACGGCUGGCGCUCACCGUCUAUGGGCCCAUCGCUCCUACAAGGCUAAGUGGCCGCUGCGCGUGCUGCUGGUGAUCUUCAAUACAGUUGCCUUCCAGGAUGCCGCCUACCACUGGGCCCGCGAUCAUCGUGUGCACCACAAGUACUCGGAGACCGAUGCCGAUCCCCACAAUGCCACGCGCGGCUUCUUCUUUUCGCAUAUUGGCUGGUUGCUGUGCAAGAAGCAUCCCGAGGUGAAGGCCAAGGGCAAGGGUGUCGACCUAUCCGAUCUGCGUGCCGAUCCCAUCCUGAUGUUCCAGAAGAAGCACUACUUUAUCCUGAUGCCCCUGGCUUGCUUCAUCCUGCCCACUGUGGCACCCAUGUACUUCUGGGGCGAGAGCUUUGUGAACGCCUGGUUCGUGGCCACCAUGUUCCGCUGGUGCUUCAUCCUGAAUGUGACCUGGUUGGUGAACAGUGCUGCACACAAAUUCGGUGGCCGUCCCUAUGACAGGUUCAUCAAUCCUUCGGAGAACAUCUCGGUCGCGAUGCUCGCUUUCGGUGAGGGCUGGCACAACUAUCAUCAUGUGUUCCCCUGGGACUACAAGACCGCUGAGUUUGGCAAAUACUCGCUAAAUCUGACCACGGCUUUCAUUGAUUUCUUCGCCAAGAUUGGCUGGGCCUACGACCUAAAGAGCGUGUCCCCCGACAUUAUCAAGAAGCGUGUGAAGCGUACCGGCGAUGGCACCCACGCCACCUGGGGCUGGGGCGAUAAGGAUCAGCCCAAGGAGGAGAUCGACGAUGCCGUGAUUACACACAAAAAAAGCGAAUAAAUUGUGGAUUGAUUGUGGAUUUGUCGCACGGUCGCCGGAAUGAAAUUAAUUGAAAACAAACGCAGAAAUAGAUUAACAAAAUAUGAA